CUGGAGGCUCUGCUGCAGCGGCUUCGGCCCAACAUGACCGAGCUGCAGUUCCUGGUGGUGAACGACCGCAAGUCGGCGCACUUGCGCGACCACCUGGAGCAGCGCGUGUCAUUCGCCGUGCACCAGGAGACCACGGAAGAGCCAGUCUGGACCACCAUGGAAGGCAAGGACGACGUCUUUAUCUUCGACCGCUGCGGCCGGCUCGCCUUCUACGUGCCGUUUCCCAUCAGUCUCGUGUUGCCGGGUCACCUGCCCGUGGUCGAGGACUCUCUGCGGCGCGCAUACGACGGAGAGCCGUGCGGGCUCACCUGCGAGGAGCCGACCGAGCGGAAUCCCCGAAACACGGACAACCCGGCUCGGCGCAAUUCGCUGGGCUGGCGCAUACUGCACAUGUUCCUCGGCGGCGAGCAAGACGAUGAGUCGCACGAGUGCGACGAACGCAAGCAGUCGCAGAUGAGAGUCUGUUGCCACCCGAAUAGCCACACGGAAAGCCCCUAUUGCAGGCAAGCGCCCAGCUGUGAGGAGCUCGGAGCCGCCUGCGGAUCCUGAUGACAGUAGAGCCAUCCGUCCGAGUUCUCCGGUCACUGCGCGUCCGGGCGGUGUUUCUGACAAGGGCUGUGAUCCCACAUGAAGAUGCUGGGUCAAACCAGGGCACAUUCGCCCAAGGCUCACGCGUCAGAUGUCGCCGAUGCGCGAGACGCGGCCCGAGGAGGCCUCGCUCGCGACGCGUAGUAAAGGAGGGCCGUGGGUGGCCCCACUUCUGUACGAC